GAGAGGUGGUCAGAGAGAGGCUACAGAGCUGGGGCCCGCCUGCAAAUUGCAAUAUCGUUCCAGGCGGGCAACGAGACUCGAGAGUUGGCAGGCUGGGUCGCGAUUUGUUGCAAGUGCGCCGCAUUAUCGUUAUUUGAGCUCUAGACUAGUAGGUUGUGUAGUUGAAGGGCAUAGCUUCAUCAAAAGCUCCAGCUAGCCCCUAGAGAAACGCAGGUUUUGAUCUCCUUUGAGGUUCUUGCGUAGUUAUACUCCUUCUUUGGCGAUAUUGCAUCCGGUGGUUUGAGAUCUGGAGCAAGCACCAAUCUCGAGUUUGCAAGAAGAAGAAGCGCACGAUCGCUAAGCAUAUGACACACCAAAGGUGACCUUUGCAGAGGGAUGGCCUCCUCCCGGCCGCCCUCCGGACUGCUCUCCCCUACUCCCACCAUGAAACUCAUCAAUGUCACCGUCCCUCAAGGACCAGCAAUGACGGACAGAACUAGAAUGGUGACAGCCGCUGUGGUUGGGAUCUCGCUGCUGCUUAUUUUUGGGUGGCAGGCGGAUAUACCGUUCACGUUGCAGUUGCGCACAACGGUUCAUGCCAGCACCACUGCACCUGAGCUGUGGCUGCCUCCUGAGGGAGGGCCAAGCUGGAAACCAUGCGUGAAAAGGAAAGAAGGGGAUUCAAGGCCGUCCCCGCUCUUUCAAAACAAUGGCAUUGCAUAUUUCUACCUGGACGGAGGCCUAGGACAGCAAGCAUGGGAGCUGUGUCACGGGGUUGUCCUGGCAAAGAUCCUGAACAUGACCCUCAUCCUGCCGUCACUAACCGUUGACCCGUAUUGGCAAGACAAAACGACGUUCAACGACAUCUUCAACAUAUCCCACUUUGUGGCCACCCUCAAGGAUGACAUCAACAUGACAGCCAGCACUGCCCUGCCCGUUGAACUGCAGGCACCGCCCCCCCUCCCUGAAACCAAGUGGCAAGACUUCUCGGCAAUCUACAAGGGCACGCCGGACGACUACCGGCAAAAGGUUCUUCCAGUCGCCAAGAAAGCCGGAGUGGUGCAGUUUGUGGGCAUGUUUGGCGCCCUUGACGAUGAUUCCCUUUCGCCUGAGGAGUCCAGACUGGCAUGCCGCGCCAAAUUCCAGGCUCUCAAAUUCACCGAUCCGAUACUAAAGCUGGGCAACGAUAUAGUCGAGCGCAUGAGGCAGCGCGCCGGGGGGCCCUUCCUCGCGCUCCACCUCCGCUUUGAAGAGGACAUGCUCGCGCACUCGGGGUGCAUGUACUGGGGGGGACAAGAAGAGCAGGAUCGCUGGGCGGAAAUGCGCAAAGACAGAUCAUGGCCGGCUAUCACCAAACCCGAUAAGGAGCUGCGGGACAUCGGGAAAUGCCCGCCGACGCCCCUGGAAGUGGGCAUGUGGCUCAAGGGUUUGGGCUUCUCGCGCAACACGCGGAUCUAUCUCGCGGCGGGGAAGAUGUACGACGAGAAGAAGGCGAUGGCGCCGUUCUACCAGCGGUUCCCGUUUGUGUACACGAAGGACAUGCUGGCGACGGCGGGCGAGAGGAAGUUCAUGGACGGGAGGAGCAACGUGCGCGCCGCGGUCGACAUGCACGUGCUGACGCAGGCUGACGUCACGGCGCUGACGUUCGAGGGCAUGAUGGGCGAGAGCGUGCAGGGGGUCCGGAAAUGGAACGGCCACAAGAAGACGAUCAAGGCGCCCGCAUGGGGCUUCAAUCGAUUUGACAACAAGACGUGGGCUGACUACCAGAAACAGAUCAGAGAGUGGACGUACCUCGAAGCAGGUGACGGUGGCCCCAUGAGGAGGCAAGAUAGGAGUUGGUCGGAGGAGCUGUUUGCGAACCCUCUGCCGGAUUGCAUGUGCAACCAGCCUGUCGCGCAGGUAAAAGUCGACGGUUAAGGUUAAUAGCUGCCGUAGUGCAUAAAGCUCUAGCCUAAUAGCUAGACAAAGAUGCGAUCACGCGCGUUAGGCAUGCUGCCAAGAUCCCGACCGGAAGAGCCUAGGGCACGCCCGCCACCGACAAUCUUACGGGGUUUGGUCAGGAUGAGGCUAUUUAAGCUUCGGAUCAGCUUGGGCAACUGUGUGUGUGAAAUACGGUGCAAGAGUUGUCCUUGUGAUACAGUUUGACUCGACAGUUUACCGCCUAAUUUAUGUCACUGUUUCAGAUAGGAUGGACGCCACUUGUAGUGAAGGUAACUACGUUAAGGAGUGCACUGAACGCUUAGCUUUUUAGCAUGCUUCGCUGGCCACGUCGUCAAGAACGACAACGUAUUGUGCAGGCUUGGAUCUUCAAUCAGAGAGUCCG